CCUGAAAAAAAAAGCCGCUCCCCAUCCACCUCCCUUUUCUCCUCCUCCACCGCCGAACCCGAGCACUCCAGCGGCGAGCGCCAUCGCCGGGCGACACUGGGGCUCUGGAAGCUGCGCCGGCAGGAUGGAUGCGAUGGAGCCCCGGCGCUACCUCGGCGCAGCCCCCGGCAGCGGCAGCGGCGGCGGCGGGAGUGGAGGCCAGUCGGUGGACACGUCAACAAGGCGGUGCCGCCGCAUGUCGACCCCGUCGACGGGCACCCGUCUCAUGCCGGCGUUCAACGCUGCUGCCGCUGACGGCGAUGGCGGGAGCUGGGGGCUGUCGUCAUCGUCGUCUUCCUCAGGAGGGCUGGACCUCGGGCUAGACGAAUCGCAGCUCCUCUACAGCCGCCACCGUGUCUACCCCGAGUUCUCCCACAAGUCCAACAUGGGGCGCCUCCUCUUCCAGGGCUCUCCGUUGGGGUCGCAGACGACUGACGAUGAUGUGCUCGUCAUGGAUGGCGUGCUCGUCACCAACGACUCUGGCUCUCGCCCCAGGCGCCGCCCCUCCUUCCCUGACCUCGGCUUCGUCAAUGCCGACUCCCCUCUCUCCUGCGGCAGCGGUCGCUACAGCUCCUGUCGCCAGUUUGCAUAUGGGAAGGAGGAGUCUCGUGUGCCCCGAACCAUGAUUCCAAGACAUUCUGAGGUGGAUUUUCGCAGCGGGCGGUCGGUGCAGGGUGCCAGUCCUAACAUGCAGCCAAGCCCCGGAAGCUACCACCAUCUCCUACCACCAUGGCUGCGGUCACCUGGCCCCCAUACUCCUGGCGCAGCGACCACCCCCAUCAGGACACCAUCCACUGCUUACUUCACGCCGCCGAGAUCCACCCCGGCCACUCCUGCUAGACCGCCGGCCUGUUACUCAUGGACACCAAAGCGGCCUGAACUGAAGCCGCCAUCGGUGCAGCGGGAGGCGUUCGCAUGGCCGCCCACUGAAGAGGAGAACGCCGCCAUCAGCCAAUACCUGUACGCCCCACGUCGCACCCCUGUGCGAAGGCUGCCCGUGUUCGUGAGCAUCUGCCCGUCCUGAAAACGCGGCCCACCUCCUCGGUAGCACGGCUACGGCGACCGUAAAACUAAACAGGACGGCCCUGGAAGAGACUCGUCCUUCCAAAGGUGAGGAUGCAUACAUGUUGCUGGUUAAGCGAGCGAACUGGCGCACGAGUCACAUCUUGCCUCCGAUUGUGUAUAUAUUUGUUAGACAAGCACGAUCAGCGUUUGUGUCGGCCUGAAUCUGGUUCCUCUGCAAAUGUGCUAGUUUGGGGAGGUAGUGAUAAACAGUCAGUCAAAGCAGGUAGCAGUGGUUGCUCUUUGUGCGUUGGAAGUGAAAUAGUUGUACUGAACACACAGCGUGACACUAUCUGUUGGUUCGUGUACAGAUAUAGAUAGGAUAUUCAUCUGUUGUAGUGCAGCUCGUUUGGUUCAGCUUACAAACCCAAGCUGACGAAACUUCAGCGCCCUACGAUUGUUCGUGUUGAACGAUAGAAGUAAGAUAUUUUUGCCUA